UCGGGAGCGCAGCAUCGUCUCGCUCGCUCACGGGCACAUUGCCUCGCCUUUUGUUUGAUCCAACUCGCGUAUUUAGCCAUUUUACCCUCCUUUCACGCGGAUACACGUUCGAAGGAAAAAACCGUUUAUGGUCCUGGCUGAAGAUUUCACGAUGUCUCGCACCGACGAGGUUCACCGCCUGACGGAAAAUGUCUAUAAGACCAUCAUGGAGCAGUUCAACCCCUGCUUACGGAACUUUGUUGCCAUGGGGAAGAACUAUGAGAAGGCCCUUGCCAAUGUGACAUUUGCUGCCAAAGGCUACUUUGAUGCUCUGGUCAGAAUGGGUGAACUGGCCAGUGAGAGUCAAGGAUCCAAAGAUUUGGGGGAUGUGCUGUUCCAGAUGGCUGAGGUCCACAGACAGAUCCAAGUGCAGCUCGAGGAGAUGUUGAAAUCCUUCCACAACGAGCUGCUCUCCGAGCUGGAGAAGAAGGUGGAGCUGGACGCUCGUUAUCUGACGGCCGCCCUGAAGAAAUACCAGAUGGAACACAAGAGCAAAGGGGAGAGUCUGGAGAAGUGCCAGGCCGAACUGAAGAAGCUGCGCAGGAAGAGCCAGGGCAGCAAGAACCCCUCCAAGUACGGCGAGAAGGAGAUGCAGUUUGUGGAGACCAUCAGCAGUAAGCAGACUGAGCUGGACACCUUCAUCGCCGAGGGAUACAAGACAGCCUUGUCUGAGGAGCGCCGCAGGUACUGCUUCCUGGUGGACCGCCAAUGUGCCGUGGCCAAGAACAGCAGCGCCUACCAUGGCAAGGGUAAAGACCUCCUGACCCAGAAGAUCCCAGUGUGGCAACAGGCUUGCUCAGACCCGAACAAGCUGCCAGAGAGGGCCAUGCUCCUGGCCCAGCAGAUGGGCUCUGCUGCCCUCGGGGGCACAAGCCCCCUGCACAGCUCCAAAUCCAACCUGGUCAUCUCAGACCCUAUCCCCGGGGCCCAGCCUCUUCCUGUGCCCCCAGAGCUGGCUGUAUUCAUGGGCAGUGGCCUGGGACACCCAGCGAGGCUGAUGGGCCCUGAUGGUAUGUCCAUGGUCAAUGGGACAACAGGAGUCCACGGGGAGGAAUAUUGGACGGACGGAGGGACUAUGUCCGUGUCCCAAGUCAGGCCUUCAUCCCCCCAGACCCAGGCGCAGGGCCAGUCCCAGGCUCAGCCCCAGAGACAGGUCAGCGAUGUGUACUCCAACACCCUCCCUGUUCGCAGGCCUGCUCCCGCCAAGAACAAGAACCCUGUAGGAGAGACACGGACCCUGCCCAGGUCCAGCUCCAUGGCGGCAGGCCUGGAAAAGAACGGGCGCUCCCGUGUCCAGGCCAUCUUCUCCCACGCUGCGGGCGACAACGGCACCCUGCUCAGCUUCUCCGAGGGAGACGUCAUCACCCUGCUAGUGCCCGAAGCCCGCGACGGCUGGCACUAUGGGGAGAAUGAGAAGAACAAGAUGCGUGGCUGGUUCCCGUUCUCCUACACGCGCGUGCUGCCUGAGAGCGACAGCGAGAAGCUCAAAGUGAACCUGCACCAUGGGAAAAGUAGCAGCACAGGGAACUUGUUGGAGAAUGAUGGAUCACUGCCCACACCUGACUACGGCCUGACCGCCCGGCUGCUGGCACAGAGCCUAGCACAGACCCGCCCACGCCCCUACAGCAUGGCAGGCUUUGGCACACAGCCUGCUAUUGAGGAUUAUGACGGGCGCUUUGCCACAAGUUUGGGUCCAGAAUUGUCCCGGUUCUGAGGGAACAGGACCUCCUGACCGUUCCCUGGAGGUCUACCUCCGGCCCACCUUCAUUGAUGACCGAUCUGCACCCAUCUUCUACUAGCAGCCCGCUGUCCCCUUUUGUCCACUAAUGGGCUCUUUUGAAGGGGAGAAAGAAAAUGGCUAACAAUGGCAUGUUUGAGUUGUAUGAUGCUGAUCACAAGAGGGCCCAGAAGCGUGACGAGCGGGGGGAGGGGGUUAAAAAGUCACCUCAAGGAACCUGUUGCACUACUAAGAAUAUAAUUUCUUUGACACGGAAAUUCACUCAGACAAUUUCUGGUUAAUCCUUGUGAUGUUUCGCAAACGCUUCCACAGACGCUGAAUGUCUCAGCCUGAGCAUUCGAGUGCAGGUGUGAUGAUAGAUUUUGUUAGUUAUUUAGAUCCCACCUGUUGUGGAUAAGGUAUGGCUAAUAGGUUUUACUAGUGAUGCCGUCACGUUAUUAUUUAUCUGCACUUCUACUAUGGGAUUUUUUUUUUCUGCAACACUAUACACUGUAAAUUUCAUUUGAGGAUUAUUUACAUUAAUGAGCAGUGAAGGCGCGCUCUGCAUUAGCUGUUUAAGUGAGGCUUGAGGGAGGAUAGAAGAUGGUCAGUGCAUCACUGUAACAUACACUGAGGACAAAGUGUAGAUUGGAUACUGCCACAGAUAGCUAGAACUUGACAGUUGGUGAGUAGACUACAGCUCUGCUUUUCUUAAGUGAUAUAGUUCUAUAUAUAAAUAUAUUUAGUAGUUGUGAUACAGUGUGCCCAUAUUUUCAAUGUGGGAACUGUGCCUUCUCAUUUUCUUUUUUUUAAACUUAUGCUUCAUGCAGCAUUGACCCGAACAUCUGUAAACUGGUUUGAGGGCAUAUGCAUCACUUCGACUUGUAUUUUUGAUAUUCCUAAAAAUAUAAGUUUCGUUUUCUUUGCUUGUAAUCUUGAGGCUUUUGUUUUGUUGUUUUGCUUAGCAAGCCUCCAGCACAGUGCAAUUCCACCAAAAUGAUUCAAGAAUAUUUUGAAUUGCUCUUCUUUCCGUCUCUUUAAAUUUUAGUAGUAUCUAAAAGGCCAGGUAGCCGAGAGAUGAAAUACAGUGCAUACCUAUUGGGUCUUUUUUUUUUUUUUUUUAUAUAUAUUUAGCUUUGAGGGAGUGGUAGCUUAUUGGAUAAGGUACAGUAUUAUCAUGGCUUGUGAUCAUUCAUUCUCAGUAUUAUACACUCAUCUGGGAGAAAAGCUUGGAGCGGAGGCAUUUAUCUACAGUAUGAUGUGUGGGGAUAGUAGUGAAAUUGUACGGGAUGGAAAAGCAAUAAUGUGUAUGGUUGUGUGAAUGAGCUAAAAUGCCUCUUGGACUGCAAUGAAUUACAGAGUUCCAUCGUGAAAAGUCAGUUUUCCAUGGAUGAGUCCUUUACACUGAGUGAUAUGAUCAGGCUUUUAUUAUUUCAUUUGGGCAGCAAGUUUCAAAUGCUUUUUUUUUUUUUUUUUUUUACUUUUAUAUAGCUUUCAUUGUCCAUUUCUCACUUUUGUCCCGGUUUGUAUUAUAUCUGUACUGUACAGAAAGUGCAUAUAAAUUAUCUUGUCCAAAAUAAA